UCGCGACGCUCAGUCUACCGGCGUCGUCCGUGCAACAUGAACGCUUCGAGCUGUUACUUUGCCGGUUAAAAUCGCGUGGAACCUCGAUCUCUCACGGUCUCGCUGUCGACGCGCGUCCUUACGAAAUACAGCUGAAUAUUUUGUGCGUUAUUUUGUGAAUAUUUUGUGAAAUGCGGUUGUGAAACGUGCCGAGAACACGAGUUGAUUCGUUCCGAUACGACGAAGAAUCGUGUAUUUUCAGUUUGCGGUUCGUUGUGGCGUUUUGACACACUCUCAAAAUGAUCUGCCCCUUCACUGGUAAUUUGAGGCGUGAAUUUUUGAUGAACAAUUGUGCUCGAGAUACACGCUAUUUUUAUACGUAUACGAAGAUUUAAUAAACGUCGAAUUUCACUUUUCCCUAUAUCGAGCAAAGUAAUUAUGAUCACCUAAAAAUCCAGAGUCUUGAAAAUAUUUUUAGAAAGCCCAACAUUUUCCUGUUCUUUGGCACGUUACUCAGAAUAAUUGCGGACGAUUUUUAAGAAUGAAUCAACUUGGCUUUCCUGGCUCGUGCUAGGCAUCGUCGUCUAUAAAAGUACAACAACUUUAUCGAAUCUUCUUAGAAAGAUUUAAUCGAACAAUUUCUAUCGGUAAAAUGGGAUUAUCGAAAAUGUUUCAGCGCGGAAUCCUGCGAUUAAAAUGAAUAUAUGAUCUCUGUUGUGGUUGGAGUUUUCUAGUGUUAAACUCGAUAUAUCUAAAUUGCCAGUACAACGAGAUUUGUAAAAUUUGUGCUUUUAAAAACUGGGACAAUGGUUUUUUAAUUAUCGUAUUUUGAUUCGUCGUAAUUCGAAGAUGGAAUUUUGUCACAAGUGGAAGAAAACCCCCUCUUUCGAGGGGAGAAUUUUUCACGAAGAAACCAAGUUAUCGAAGUAACGAAGAUUUUAUGAAAAGUGGACGAAGCGUUUACUCAAAGAGAUACCGCGGAGUCUUAAAACAACAUCCCAAAGACCAGAAAACAGAGAGACCAGACAGAGGCAUCAGCUGGAACAAUCUCUAUCCACGAACUUGCCCGAUCAGAUCAGCGAACCUAAAAUCUCCGUAAGCAUCCGUGAAAGCUGACGGAUAGUCUGACUUCGGCUUUUCACUCGAGAGCACGAUGCACGUCGAUACUCGGGUCCGUCGAUACCUCUUCUGCCAACUGUCUUCCACCUUGGAAAACUCGAAGGCCGUGCUCGUGUUCGAACACUUGAAACAGACUGUACCUGAACGAACGGUUUCCAGGCGUGUAGCAUGCUUAUAGGCAGCGAACGCUGGAAUGGAAGUCGGUGAGCCAGCGGACGAGGACGUGGACCGAUCGAUAGGCAGGCUCAGCACGACUUGCGGCAUCGGCCGCCUUUCAGAAUCGCUCAACACGAGCGUUCGCGACACGUUCGAAGCGACCACUGCUUCUGCAGACACUUACCAGCUAUCAAACGUCAUCUGGACGGCGAUCAAGGGCGUAGCGAUUGUCAGCAUUAUCAUCACCGCUCUGGUAGGGAACGCGCUGGUGAUCGCCAGCGUUAGAAGGCAUCGGAAGCUCCGAGUGCCAACCAAUCGAUACGUGGUCAGCCUAGCAGCGGCCGAUUUCCUCGUCGCAGUCUGCGCCAUGUCUUUCAACGCAUCUGUCGAGCUGACUGGUCGAUGGAUGUUCGGAAGGAUCAUGUGCGAUGUGUGGAGCUCGUUGGACGUUUAUUUCUCCACUGCCUCUAUACUUCAUCUAUGUUGCAUCAGCGUGGAUAGAUAUUAUGCUAUAGUCAGGCCGCUCGAGUAUCCUGCCAUCAUGAGGAGGCUCACAGUGACUUGUAUGCUGGGCAGUGCCUGGCUGCUGCCUGCUUUGAUCAGUUUCAUCCCUAUAUUUAUGGGAUGGUACACUACCGAAGAACAUUUGGAAGAAUUGAGGAAGAAUCCUCAGGUGUGCAAGUUCGAGGUGAAUCGACCGUACGCGGUGAUUAGUUCCUCGGUUUCCUUCUGGAUCCCCGGUCUCGUGAUGAUCGUGAUGUACUGCAAGAUCUACAAGGAGGCUGUUCGCCAAAGGGAGGCGCUCAGCCGUGCCUCGAGCAAUACCGUUCUAAACAGCGUUCACUUGCAUCGGGCAUCCACCUCGAGACAUCAUUCCAGGGCGUCCCAUCAGUUGUUGCUGCAUCCGAGCGACGCCAGUGACUUUGGCAGACCUGUGUCUUACAGAACCGCCGCGGAAUUGAACGUGGAAAACGGUACUUCGAUACGACAGCAAACGAAGAGCUGGAGAGCCGAGCAUAAAGCUGCGAGGACGCUUGGAAUAAUAAUGGGAGCGUUCCUCCUUUGCUGGCUGCCAUUUUUCCUUUGGUAUCUAACGACGACCCUAUGCGGCGAGGCCUGCUACUGUCCAGACACGGUGGUAUCCGUCCUCUUCUGGAUAGGUUACUUCAACAGCGCACUGAACCCGCUUAUUUAUGCGUACUUCAACCGUGACUUCCGCGAGGCCUUCAAGGACACGCUGAUGAGCGCCCUGCCGUGUUGUGCGAGCUGCUGGAAAACCCCGUCAGAGUUCGUCUAGCGAAAGAAACCCCCGUGAACAGUCGCGUCGAGCAAGCUGUGUUUUGCGAUCCACAAAUGAAAUCGGUAUCGAUUCAUUCGUCGAGCGAUCGUCCAAUUUGCUGUGAAUAGGAAACGUCACAAUAAUGGACCUCGUUGUCUGUCGUUAAUAUAACCAAUCCAAUCUACUGACUUGAUUAAUUCGAGAGUGAUCGAAGGAAUAACGAAAGACGACGGUACUACGAUAAAGAAUAAUAUAUAUAUAUAUAUAUAUAAUAUUACUUGAAAUUCAUAAAGAUAUCGCUUUUGGAAUAUGAAGUGAAAAAACUAUCUGACUGGAAACUUUUGUACAUCUAUUAAAAGAAAGAGAGAAAAAAAAUAAAAAAUAAAAAGAAUAGUUAAGAAAUGAUUCGAUAAAUAAUUCGAUGAAUCAUAUUGUGUAGAUUAUUUUGUAGAAUUAUUAAAGAAAAUGAGAAAACGAUCAAUGGAUGAUUUUGCGAUGCAAUUUAUAAAAUAUAAUAAAUAAUUCAUAAAAUAUAAAGCUUAAACGCUAAUUAAAAAAUACGUCUAUUAUGAGGAAUACUCCUCCGAAUAUCAUCAACAAGAAGCAAUAGUUUGCACAACAGUUGUCUUAAUAAAUAAAUAUGUUACUUAAAACUAUCUUUCUUUUAUUGUUAGUAGACUGAAAGGAUAGUAACUUCGGAGUAUGACGAAAAAUGAAAUUCUGAUAGUUUCUCUUACGAAUUCCUGCACGUGUACAAUGGCUAAUAAAAGAUGAAGAAGAACAUCAAUUUAGAUUAUUUUUAGUUUAUUAAAUCAUCAUAUGAGUUUAAUUAGAAGAAGAAACAAAAUUUAAAGAAAAAGAAAUGUCAGUCUAAAUGAUUUCCCAUUGUGUGUAUAAUUUCUUGUUUUCUGUGAUUUUUUGCCGCGAAAGAAUACAUUUAAUUAAAAGAAAAAAGAAAACAACGAAAAGAAUGUUUCCCUUUCGCGAAAAACAAGAUAUUAACCAAAAGUUCAUUACCGGCGAAAUUAAUGAUCGAUUGAUUUAUUUCUUUAAUUGGUUCGUCGCGACAGAGAACCUGAUUCAUAUCUUAAUUAAAGGCAAGCGGUCUCCUGCAAAAAUAAAAGUUUUGAUUAGUACCCCCGUUUCCUUCAUUCGUUUGAUUUAUCAUUUGCAAAUUUGAGUAAAUAGAAUUCGUAAGAUAAAUUCGUGUUUAAUAAAUAGGAAUAAAUAAAACGAAUAAAUGGGAGACCGUGUUUUUAGUUUUCUAUCAAUUACCUAUAUAAAUGUAAAUAUAUGUUAAGAAAAUGAUCUGUUUUUUGUUAUCUUUUCAAAAUCCGUUAGUUUUAUCUUACAUGUUUGUUUCAUUCUGUUAGAAAGCGUAUUUCAAGAAGAACGAAGCUACGAACUUGAUACAUUCGCAAUGGUCACAAAGUACAAAAGUUCCAGUGAUUUCAAGCAGGUGGAUGAAAGUGGAUUGUUGCUUCUAUGAAAUCGAUAAAUUUACAAAUUGGAUAGUUUACUUAACUUAACUUUAUGAACAAAACAUUUUUCUUAUUUCUAUUUCAUUAAAGGAAGGCCAUGUAAUAAAAUCUGUUAACUUGUUGGGACAUAUAAUAGCCAUCGAUGGAACAAUGCGAACGUCCGUGUGAUAAAACCAGCUCAUAUUUAUCGAGCCUAAGCGAGAUUCGUGGCACGCGUUGUCUUUGCCGAUAAAAUCGAUCACGCUCGAACGGCCGUCACGCUUGGACGAUUUAUCAGCACGUUAAUUAAUCGUCGUCAGAAAUCUGCGGCCGAGUCACGCGAAUUUUGUCAAAUUCUAAAACAUUCAACGCGGAGAACGAAUUUCACGCCAUUUUAGACUGAUCUUCAGGCAACUCUAAUCACGAAUCAAGCUCAUUCUAGAAACUUCUUGCCCGUGGAUCGCUGUUAGUGGACCGUUGCGGUCACUUUCCUCGAAUCGUUAAACUUUGCGCGUCUAAUAUCGCGUAGAAAUUGCGAAUUGCCGAACCCACAAGAUGGAGUUGAGAUUAAAUCUAUUUGAACGGUUUGAUUUCGAUUUUAACACUUCGGCUUAGUAAACGAUUCAAUGUGAUAUGGAUGCGUAAUUGUAAAUGACGUACAUGUUUUACAUGUUAUGUACAUGCUGCAUCAACCGUUAAUGGAAGAUGGUCCUAUUUUUCUAAUUUAAACUCGUAUUAUUUUAAUAUUUUCCCUUGCUUUCAGUCCCGGAAUAAUAAAUGUGUAAUACGUAUCUCGCGCUCUUCUUAUUCUUUUCAUUUUCUUAUGCAUUUUAGCUAUUUCUGAGAGGUGUAGGCUUUUUUUGUUUAUCAUUCGUAUUUAUUUUAACGAAGUGAAAAAACCAAGGCAGUGUUGCGACGACUUUUUUAUUGGAACUGUAUACAAUUAGAGGAUUAUUCAAAUUUGGCAAAAAGUCUAGUAUACAAGAUAGAAAUAAUAAAUGCAGUCGGUUCACUUACUAGAUAACCCUAGUUUAUUUAUUAUAUAGAAACAAUGGAAAUAAUGGUCGCGGAUGAGUUAGUUAUUACGUUAAGAAUGAUAAAUGCGCAGUUACAUUUACAAGACGAGACAAGAUAUUUGCAUAUUUUUCCACAAUUUUGCGAAAGCGGCGUAUAUGUAUAGGGAAAUUGAUUGAGAGUUCCGAGUAAUUACUUUCUAGUAAGGGAAUUGACAGCCGUUAGCAUCAGAAGAUAAUAGAUUUCCGGAACUUUUUAAUUUAGUAUUUGUAAGAGAGGAUCUGGUUGAUUGAUGAAGUUUCACUUCCCAGGAUAAAUGAACGAGGAUUGAACAUCCUUAAAAAUGCAAUGGAAUUACGAAACUUUUCUUCGUCUAUAAACAUACCUCUUACCGAUACUAUCGCAUCUCGUUUUCUGUUCCAUACUUUCUGACUGCCAAAAGAAAACUUUACGUUUUAAAGCGUGAAAUGUUCAGCAAAAUUUUCAUGGCCCCCAAUGCUGAGUAAAGAAAUUAUCUAAACAAAAGAAAAAAGAGUACAAGAAUUGAACAGACGGUGAAAUAGAAAUUAAGAAAACUUGUCAAAGAAUAUUAAAAAUUCCGUGCUAUUGUUCGAAAAAGAAUAUUAGAAUAUUAGUUUAGUUUCGUUUGAAAUAAUAAUUCACAAGUAUCUUGUUUGAUUUGAUUUUUUGAUUUCACCAUUUUCUACUAUCUUCCAAACAAUCAACCUACUCUGCCUUAAAAUUCUCUUGCAAUUAAUUUUCUUCCGCGAUAAGUGCGAGGUCGAUAUACCCAUCGAGCAGCAGUUGCCGAUGUCGGGUUGCCUUUGGACGGGCGUCGCGGCGGUCACUUAACACCGGCUUCGGACGAGCUGUUUGUGUCAAAUUGCCGCAGCGACGACUGCUUGGAAGAACGUAUCUAUCUUUCUUCCGUUAGGCGGAACAACUUUGUAUCUCUGUUCUUCCAACGCCGCCGCCGUUGCUGUCGCAAUUUGUCGCAAAUCGUUCGUCUGAAAAACCGAUCUUUUCGGCCUCGUGUAGACUCGGAACGACUUUUGUCCGAGCGAUAUCGCUGUGAUCAUGUCUCCCUUUCUUUCACGCAGUUAAGAACAACGAAGGCGGACAUAUUGUCGGAGCGAUAUCGCGGUCGAUCGCCUACACCGGCCCUUAGAUCUCCAUGCUCGAUCUCCUAUCGCUGUAACGCUUGUUUCUACUUUGUUUCUACAAUCCCUGUUAACAUUUCUACCGUAUUCGUGUCCGGGAAACGGAUCGACAAUUAAACUCCGUGCGUUAUUCUCGCGAUACAGACCUUCUUUUAUACUGUGACUUUCUUUUUAACUCAUUCUUUCCAGAUGGUCAACUCCAUACAUGUAUCGACAUCGUCAUUUUUUAAUAUUUCCGUUUAAAUUAACGAUUUCAACAUUAAAUAGUACAUUUCGUCAUUGGAGUUGUUAAAUAUCUGCGAAGAUGAGGCUAAAAGCCGAAUUCCGUCUCUUGGGUUCGAUGACACUCGACAAAGUCGAUUCGAAGGAUUUGGCGUGCAACCGGAAGCUCGUAAACGAAUUGGCUGGUCAGUCGAACGAAAGAUUGAGACUCGACGCGAGCAUUAAUAACAACCGGAAACGGGGGGAAGAACGACAAGUGAAUUCUUCUAUGUCUUUCGUCGGCACGCAACGAAAUUGCAAAUUUCGACAGAGGUUCACGUGCCGGAAACACGUCGCCCUGUAAACGUUUUGAGACUUUAUAGAUGGGGCUCGUUAAAUCGGUAUCUUCUUGCGCGCUUUUCGUUCGCCAGUCGUAUUUUAUGACAUCUGCUUGCUGGAAUGGCACAUUCUACGAAUCUUUGUUUUAUUUUUAGACACGACUACAGUACAGCUACCUUUUACAUCAAAGGCAAACGUAUUAUGUGAAAAUGUUUCCAAUGUUUAACAAUAAUUUUACGUCGUUCGAGUUUUUACUGAAUUUUUUGUCCCUCUCCUAGUUCAUCGAAGCGAAAAGAUUUAAAACAUGUUCCGAAAUAUCUUUUCUGUAAUUUCCCUGAAGCGGGACUUGAGCCAGGAUGGAGAUAUUUCUCGGAUACUUAAUAACAUGAGAAACAAAGCGACAUUCUCAUCGAUACUGUUAAAAAAUAACAUUCUGAAGAAAAAUCGGCGACUCGUUUUGCUUCCAAUAUGAGAUAAUUAUUAGAUUUAUAAUACAUCACGUACAUUGUAAUAGAAUCAUCGUUGUGUUUCGAAACUUUCUUCUUCCAAAAUGCAGUUCUUAAGAAAUGAUAAAGCAACUUGUAUGAUAUAAUUAUAAUACUUUCUCCAAUAAUUUAGAAGUUACGUAGAAAUUCUAUAAGUGCAAUAAAUAUAUAUUAGGUUCUUCAAUCUUGUUGAAAAUAUAUUUCAACGAUCAGAUUAUGUUUAAAAAAUCAUGCUGUUUGUAUAUACAAAUGUGUGUAUGUAUGUAUGUAUGUAUGUAUGUAUGUAUGUAUGUAUGUAUGUAUGUAUGUUCAUUGAAUAAAUGACUGGCUUGGAAUUAGCUCGCAAGAUGUUUGAAAUCGCGUUUAAUUUGUAAAUAAGUUGUCAAACGUAAACGAAACGUAGGUUAAAAACAAACAGUGCUACCUAGCUGUAAUUAGAGAAGAACAAAUGCCGUAUUACCUGUAACGCGAUACUUAUUAAAAAUGGGAUUGUUGCGAGGAAAGAGCGUUGAGCUACGUUUAAUAAAAACUGAUAAUAGACAAGGUGAACGUUCAUCCGUCGAAUCUGAUGUAUGUACAUAGUUUUUAAUCAGUAUAACGUAGACCACGCCAAGUCUACGUCGUAGAACAAAUUGUACAGGCAGAAUUUAUUAAUACCGGAUCCUGAUAUAGCUUAUAAAUCCAUUAAAAUUGACAUGCUAUUAUAUUAAGAUUAUUGUUAUUAUUAAAUUAUACUCGUUUAUACACGUAUAGAAUUUACGUUUCUCCUUAGAAAGUUAUCGCUUGAAGGAAUGCCAAAAUUGACCGUUAGUUGAUAUGGUUAUAAGAAGAGAUGCUGCUAAAUUCCUUCAUCUAUUUUCCAUCUUCGUAUUAGAUGAUUCAAAAAUCAAUCCUACAUCUUUUAUUUUAAAGAUUACAAAAUUCGUUCCCAUCAUAAAUGGAAAUUUAUGCAUCUAAAAUACACUUCUGUUCGCUUACUUUAAACAUAAUGUUUAUUAAGAUAGUCCUACAAUAAAAUCAUGCAAACAUUGUUAUAAUUCCCUGGAUUGCAAACGAUUAAUAAAUGUAAACCUUGUUUUGUAAGCGUAAUGCCCAUAUUUUCUCUUAUUAUAAAUAGUUACACAUGUAUGUAUACUUACGGGCAAUGUACAUCGGACUAAAGUUCCCAAAUUCAAUUAACCGUAAGAUUUUCGCAAUUUCUUCGCAAUUUUUUUCCUUGAUGACAAGCCUUUCAUUAAGAGUUUGUAUUCACAUCUAUUUGAUGCUCCUUCAAGAUCCGGUAGUAAAGAAGCUCGGCUUAUACAAGCUUACGAAAUCUUCUGAAGCGAUAAAAAGAGUAGAAAAGAAACGUACGUAUUGCAAGCAAAAACAAAGAAACUACAAAUGCACAAUGGAGGGUUGAAUUUUACUGAACAUUCUCUCCAUCUAUCUACGAUAUGCGGGGCCAAGUUUCCGCUUGGUUCCACGCACCACGUCACGCCAUUUUAUUCCCGCGGAAAGUAGCGAGUCGAGCUUUUCUUCUAGGACAAGGAAACGGAAAAGAAAAGAAGUAAAAAAGGAAGAAAACCGGAAGAAAACAUCGCGAACGCUUCAUUUUUCAUUCGUAUGGCCUAUUGUACGCGUCUAGACUGUAUAAAUGUACUAUAGCAAUAAUUAAUCGAGCACUGUACAUACAUUGACGAAGAACAAUUUUUCUCGUGGAUGCAAGAAUGCGUGUCGUAAGCGUGCGUGACGUGUAAUCGUCGUUUUUGUAAGUUGGUAAGUCGCGAAUGAUCACGGCCAUAACGUGCCGUGCGCAGCAUUAACGUGUAUUUUACGUGUUGCUUAUGUGUACACAAUUCACUCCCCUUUAAUCCAUAUGCUCAGCGACCCCCAAGUGCGAUUCGUUAGUUAUGAUUGUUACUAUUAUUGUUAUUGUUGUUGUUGUUAUUAUUAUUAUUAUUAUUACUAUUACUAUUACUACUGUUAUUAUUAUUAUUAUUAUUAUUAUUAUUAUUACUACUACUACUAUUAUUAUUAUUAUUAUUAUUAUUAUUAUUAUUAUUAUUAUUAUUGUUAUUGUCAUUGUUAUUAUUGUUAUUAUUAUCACUAUUAUCAUUAUUACUACUGCUAUGGUAUGAUUUGCAUCGUUCAGCAGCCGAGCAGAUCGAGUAGGUUCCCGAUGGAUUAACUCGCGAAAAUAAUACAAGUAAUUUUUUAACGGCACAGACACAGCCGAGAGAGGGUAAUCGGACCGUUUUUCCAAUGUCAGUGACAGCUGUCCGAAUGAGUUUAGCAAACUAUGGCCAAUUUUGCUCCCGUGAAACUAGUGCAUGCGUGAUUAAUCGAUAGUAGGUAGUAGUUCGUAGUUUCGAUGAACGAUACGAUGCAGGGCCGUAAUUUGAGAAAUAUCGUAACACGCUUUCUUAUACGUAACUCUCGGAUUUCUAAUUUUGUUCUCUUGUUUUCACGCAUUUGUUUUAUUUGUUUGGUGGAGAGGGGACGGCGCAAACGAUUGCGAGUGCGUAUGUAUAACGUCGAUGUAAGAAAGUUUAUUUAAUCGUUAAUAUGAUUUACAAUAUCUAUUGCAUUAUCUUCUUUACUGUGUUUGAUAGGGAUAAUUUAUUAUUUUGGGAAAAUUAAUCUGUCAUAUAAUAACCUUCGUUAUUAUGUUUCACAGAAAGUUUAUUAUCUUAGAAAUCGAAUAUUUGGGAAUCCUAAACGAUGCGGUUUUGUCUGUUCUACUAUUUUAAAUUCUAACCAUGUGUUGAAGCUAAAAAGAAAUAAAAAAAAAAAAAAAAAAAAAAAAAAAAAAAAAAAAAAAAAAAAAAAAAAACCAAAAAAGACACUAUUUUGAGUUUCUAGAUAUUAAACUUGUCAAAAUUGUGUAUCAUUUUAAUUUGUCAGUAACAUAUAUCUACAUGUAGCGUACAAUAACAUAUUUAGAUUACUAUAUAGAGAAAUGUAAUCACAAAUAAUAAUACGCAAAAGAGUUCAAUCAUAUUUCCUUCCUUUUGUUUCACAAACAUAUCUACGCGUCUAAAGAGGGAUAAAAGUCGUCGGCUUUGUUCGCUCGAACACUGUCACUGACCCACGUAUACGUCACCGGCAGUCUCCUCGAUUCGCUCGAAUUUCCGAUUAAUUCUAUUCGUUACAUUCGAAUUGUCCGACGAUAAUGACAAUCGCCUAAAACGUUGCGUCUGUCGAUUCGACGUCGAUAUGCCGACAGAGAACCGUGAUAUCGGAAAGGGAAUUAUAUUUCGAGCAAUUAGGCAGCGCUGAUGGUAUUGUUACACGUGACAAUGCAAACUGCUGUGCUAGAUUUUUCGAUAGCAUCCGGACGGACAUUUUGACAAAUACCUAUAAUUUUGACUUCUUAUCGAUUCUGCUACAUCAAUAUCGUCUUUCACAAUUGAACUAAUAUUAUUUAUGAAAUUUUAUAGGUUAUCAUUUACAAGUUAUUGAUAUUAAUUUAAUAAAAUACAUUUAAUAAAAUACUCGCUCGUCGAUAAAGGGUAGAGGAAGCGCGGAAACGUAUGAACGCCUAAGUAAAGUGAUAAAAAGUGAUUUAUAAGAUAUUAUAAUUUAGUUAAAAGAAAGUGAGAUAAAUAACAUCAAACAGGAAAUUUAUUACUUUGAAAAAGAACUUUAAUCGAUCGAGAGAUUAUAUUAUAGAAAAUCGCUUUAUCUUUUUAUGCAGGCCAUAGUAAUCUUUAAGCGAUAUUAAAUUUCCGAUGGAAACCGUAAUUUAUGAAAUUAUAAACUGAAUUUGCAAGAUUACAAAAAUUUUCACGGAGAGAAUUUUAUUUUCCAAUACAGAUCCAACUUCAUCAUCCGAAGUAGAAUUCUUAACAAAUCCGCUUUUAGAGAUUUCCAGAAUUUCAAAGCUGCUAUAAAUUUACACUUCCUACAAAUAUAUACUUUGCGGUACAGUUCUUAGCUUCAAAGAAGCCAUUCCCGUCAGUCUCUGCUUUUCAUCUUGCUACGAAUUAGUAGCUACACCUGUCAAUCUUAAAUACACUUCUCUUUGCAUUCUACCUGAAAAUUUUCAAAGAACGUAUUAUCCUAAUCAAAUUUGAUUAAAUUGCUACUAAAUACGAUUUUUAGGCAAUAAUUUACUGUACUUAUUACACGAUAAAUAUAAUUACAAGUAACUUGUAAAUAAAUUUUUCAAAAUAUUAAAUCUAAUGUUUGUUUAACAAUCUCUAUUUUUCUUUCUUUUUUUUUUUUUUUUUUAGCAUAAAUAGGCAUUAUAUUGAUUAAUAAACACAAUGGAAAUCGUUAGUUUAAAAUUUAUUGAGCAGUCACAUCGGCGUAAACAGAUAAACUUUAAAAUAAAAUUCUUUAGAACAACUUCCAGAUAAUGGAUAGUUGAGACAAGAAUCGAACGAAUUCGAGGAAUUUGGAAUGGAAUUUAGCUUGCUGACAGCUAAGAAUCAAGUGACAAGCAUCUAAAGUGUCGCUUUCGACGCAUCGACCUGAUCUUUAUUUCUCCACGUAGAAUACAUGGAGUUGCAUUGGCCGUCACUUUCAUAGAUGUUUUCUUUUUUAUCGGGCUCCGGUUCGUAGCGUCACGGUUUUAGAGAAGAAACACCUCCCACUAUGUGUAAUCGUUAUCAAACAGUACGCAGAGUUAACGUCGCAAACUGUAGCUUUCAUGUAAAACGAAUCGAGAGGAAGAAGGAAAGGUGUGUGAUCUUGUCAUUGAGCGACACUCGAACAUCCUGAGAAGUCAAAUUGAUCGACUUAAUUUUGUAUCAAGUUUUCAAUUUCAUUAGCCAGGUACACAGUGAAUAUUCAACAUUUCGAAGAACAAAGGACUUUCUUUCAUGAAUUUCUUCAUUAUGGGUAGAUAAUCACGAACUUUAAAGAAGAUUUCGAAAAAUAAUGUUCACAAUCAUUAUGUCAUUUUCCUGUACAUUUCAGUUUAUCGAGUUGAUCAAUGUGACUUUUGAGGGUUUCGUAUGAUGAAGAAGUAAGGCAUCUAAACGCUUCGAUCGUUCUCGAUCUGCAUACUCGUAUAUAUAUUAUUUUUUCUUCUCUCUCUCUCUCUCUCUUUCUCUCUCUCUCUCUCGCGCGCGCACGCGCGCACACACUGUUUUAUCUACAUACGUACAUGCUUGUAAGAAAUAUAACUUUUAUUUUACGAGAAAGAAACAGAAGAAAAGAUAUUUCUACUUAUAUGUACUGUGGAGUUACUACUCGUGUUUCGUUUACGUAUUCCGAGGCGAUUAAUGUUAAGGGAAAUGUGAAAUACGACGUAACGCUGUUCCGUGUCAUGCCGUGCGAGGAACAUUCGUUCGGAACGGGGUUCAAUGUUUCGUAAAUAGCGAGCGAACCUAUUAUUCGACGAAAGUAUUAAGAGAAAUAAAAGAAAAUUGCGCUAAUGUGCAGCACACGA